CGGCGGAUUCGUAGGUGUCAUGGCGUCCUCCGUGGAUAACAGCUAGACUAGUUGGAAUAGAUUAGGUUGUAUUUUUAUAUAUAACAUUUUUGGAACUAGGCGUGCUCGUAGAUCAUUCACAAGGUGACAUAUUCCCCGAGGCUGGGAAACGAACAUGGGGACUGUUCACGCCAGGAGCCUCGACCCCCUCCCGAUGCAAGGACCAGAUCUUGGGGUGCAUGCCGAUGAUGUGGAGGUCGUUGAUGUGGAACCAGAAACUAAGCAAGAAGUUCUUGAAAACAAAGACGUCGUAGUCCAACGUGUACAUAUAGAUGGCUUGGGGAGAACGAAAGAGGACCUUCUGGGGUAUGAAAUUGCUGACGUCUUUGCCGCCAAAAACCUAAUUGAUGUCAUGAAGAAAUCCCAUGAGGCUAGAGAGAAACUGCUGCAUCUGGGAAUCUUCAGGAAAGUGGAAGUUGUCAUAGACACCUCAGAAGGAGAAGAUGCUCUGCCAAAUGGGCUGGAUGUCACUUUUGAAGUCACAGAGCUCAGAAGAUUGACGGGAAGCUACAACACUAUGGUUGGCAACAACGAAGGCAGCAUGGUACUGGGGAUCAAGCUUCCCAACAUUCUCGGCCGUGCUGAAAAGCUGACAUUUCAGUUCUCCUAUGGUACCAAAGAGACCUCCUAUGGCCUGUCCUUCUUCAAACCUCAGCCAGGACACUUUGACCGCAAUGUCUCUGUGAACCUGUACAAGGUCACGGGCCAGUUCCCGUGGAGCUCGCUGAGAGAGACCGAUCGCGGCAUCUCCACGGAGUUUAACUUCCCCAUCUGGAAGACCAACCACACACUCAAGUGGGAGGGAGUCUGGAGGGAGCUGGGAUGCCUGGCGCGUACGGCCUCCUUUGCCGUCCGUGAGGAGAGCGGCCACUCACUCAAGUCCUCACUUUCGCAUGCCAUGGUCAUUGAUACCAGGAACUCUGCCAUCCUCCCGAAGAAGGGUGUCUUGCUCAAGAUCAACCAGGAGCUGGCUGGUUACACGGGGGGUGACGUCAGCUUCUUGAAGGAGGACUUUGAGAUUCAGCUCAACAGGCGACUCUUUUGGGAUUCUGUUCUCUCUGCCUCUCUGUGGGGCGGUAUGCUCCUUCCUAUUGGAGAUAAGCCCACCUGCAUUGCAGACAGGUUCUAUCUAGGUGGCCCCACCAGCGUUAGGGGGUUCAGUAUGUACAGCAUUGGCCCCCAGAGUGAAGGUGACUACCUGGGUGGGGAGGCAUUUUGGGCCAGCGGGGCGCACCUGUACACCCCUCUCCCCUUCCGUCCUGGCCGAGGUGGAUUUGGUGACCUCUUCAGGAUGCACUUCUUCCUAAAUGCUGGCAACUUGUGCAGACUCGAUUACGGCGAAGGUCCGCGAGCCCACCUGCAGAAGCUGGCAGAAUGCAUCCGCUGGUCAUACGGGGCGGGCAUCGUGCUGCGUCUGGGCAAUAUCGCUAGGCUGGAGCUCAACUACUGUGUCCCGAUGGGCGUUCAGAGUGGAGACAGGAUAUGCGACGGUGUGCAGUUCGGAGCUGGAAUCCGGUUCCUGUAACGUUCCAAAGCCCACGGCAGUUUGGGGUGGGGGGGGGGGACACUCAAGUCUUCUGGCUUCUCAUUCAAGUAUAUUUUGACCCCAGAGCGGCUCUGAAAACACACGCGGCUUUUUCGGUUUCCCCUCCACACCGACUGGUCACAUUUGUACCAGCGUCCAGCAGCCCCAAGGAUGGAGACCCAUAGGCCAGUGGUGUUAGUCACUGUCUAUGUCAUUUCCAAGUGUUAUAGUGAAUUAUAAUAAAUCAUAUUCCCCUUUAA